GUAUCCCGGGGGUCCUCUGUAGUACACACUGUCAGGCGGUAUCCCGGGGGUCCUCUGUAGUACACGCUGUCAGGAGGUAUCCCGGGGGUCCUCUGUAGUACACGCUGUCAGGAGGUAUCCCGGGGGUCCUCUGUAGUACACGCUGUCAGGAGGUAUCCCGGGGGUCCUCUGUAGUACACACUGUCAGGCGGUAUCCCGGGGGUCCUCUGUAGUACACGCUGUCAGGAGGUAUCCCGGGGGUCCUCUGUAGUACACGCUGUGUCAGGCGGUAUCCCGGGGGUCCUCUGUAGUACACGCUGUCAUGCUCUGGGGGCGCAGUUCCGCGCUCAGCCGGCAGGGGGCCCCCGCUCCUCGCCUCUGUUGCAUCACCGUCAGUGACGUCUGGAGGAGCCGCGGAUAAAACCGGAGGCGGCGGGAGAGGAGGCUGAGAGAGGGCGGACGGCAGAGCGGAGGAGACAGUCACACGUGGAGGAGGAGACACGUGGAGUCAGCACCACAGACAGAGGGGCGUCCAGCACCAGACAGAGGGGCCCCACAGCUGUUAGAGCCGCGCACCUAGCGAGGGUCCAGCACCAGACAGAGGGGCCCCACAGCUUAGAGCCGGGCAUCCACAGCACCAGACAGAGGGGCCCCACAGCUGUUAGAGCCGCGCAGGUCGGCACCUCAGGGGGCCAUGUCGGGGGGCAGCUUGAAGCGCCGGGGGUCCGGGUCCCCGGGGGAGGAGGCCAGUGAGAAGAUGCUCCGGGAGAACGGGGCGGCGGGGAAGUCGGAGGCGAUAGAGCUGAAGCGCUCCAUCACCCUGGUGAACGGCGUGGCCAUCAUCGUGGGCACCAUCAUCGGCUCCGGCAUCUUCGUCACCCCGACCGGCGUGCUGAGGGAGGCGGGCUCCCCCGGUCUGUCGCUCGUGGUAUGGGCCGUGUGCGGCCUCUUCUCCAUCGUGGGCGCUCUGUGCUAUGCCGAGCUGGGCACUACCAUCUCCAAGUCCGGGGGGGACUAUGCCUAUGUGCUGGAGGUGUAUGGGCCGCUGCCCGCCUUCCUGAAGCUCUGGGUGGAGCUGCUCAUCAUCCGCCCGUCCUCGCAGUACAUCGUGGCCCUGGUGUUCGCCACCUACCUGCUGAAGCCGCUCUUCCCCACCUGCCCGGUGCCCGACUCCGCCGCCAAGCUGGUGGCCUGCCUGUGCGUGUUGCUGCUGACUGCAAUUAACUGCUACAGCGUUAAAGCCGCCACCAGGGUACAAGAUGCAUUCGCUGCUGCAAAACUGCUGGCCCUGUGUCUGAUAAUCAUCCUGGGAUUCGUGCAGCUGGGCAGAGGAGACGUCACCAACCUGAGCCCAGAGCAUGCCUUCGAUAACACAAGUCGGGAUGUUGGCCAAUGGGUCCUGGCAUUAUACAGCGGACUUUUUGCUUAUGGAGGAUGGAAUUAUUUGAACUUUGUCACAGAAGAAAUGAUAGAACCUUACAAGAACCUACCUCGUGCGAUCAUCAUUUCUCUGCCCAUCGUCACCUUGGUUUACGUCCUCACCAACCUGGCGUACUUCACGACGCUUACGCCGGAGCAGAUGUUGACCUCUGAGGCUGUGGCCGUGGAUUUCGGGAACUACCACUUGGGUGUCAUGGCCUGGAUCAUCCCCGUCUUUGUGGGGUUGUCCUGCUUCGGCUCUGUGAACGGCUCUCUGUUUACGUCUUCCAGGUUGUUCUUUGUGGGGUCCAGAGAAGGACAUCUCCCGUCUCUCCUGUCAAUGAUCCACCCCAGACUGCUGACCCCCAUGCCUUCGCUCAUCUUCACGUGCGCCAUGACGCUGCUCUACGCCUUCUCCAACGACAUCUUUUCGGUUAUCAAUUUCUUCAGCUUCUUUAACUGGCUGUGCGUGGCGCUGGCGAUCGUUGGGAUGAUGUGGCUGAGAUACAAGAAGCCAGAACUGGAGAGACCCAUCAAGCUGAAUCUCUCACUCCCCACCUUCUUCAUCCUCGCCUGUGUCUUCCUCAUUGUUGUGUCGUUUUAUAUGACGCCCAUUGAGUGUGCGAUCGGUUUUGUCAUCAUCUUAUCGGGGGUCCCUGUUUACUACUUCGGGGUCUGGUGGCAGAAUAAGCCUGAUUGGGUACAGCGGUCUAUAUAUUCCACAACCAUCUUGUUGCAGAAGAUGAUGGAGGUUGUACCUCAGGAAUCCUAAACUCCUCCUGUGCCACCGACACAGAAUACGGCAGUACUUAAAGGAGCCGAUGUUACAAACGUCAGAUUAUUGCUGGGGACACUAUCCAGCUGAGAUCCCCCAAUACAGACUGAUGACCCCCAAUAAUAUAUGCAGCAACUUAUCCACCAUAACCUCCUGACCUUUGACCUAGCCUGUGUCGGGGGUCAUCCUUUUUGUAGAGUGGUCGUCUUAAUGUUUUUUCUUUUUUAUACAUAAAACUCUGAUGUACAAUUUUUAGUUGCCUCGGAAGCAACAUGGCCGCGCAGGUCAGAAAAACUGCGGACUUUGAAAACGGGCUUGUACUGGACCAGGCGACUGCAAGCGGGAAAUCCAGAUUGGUUUCCUGCUUCAGGACCAGAUUAUUUUUUUAAUACUGUUUCCAUAAGCCACACUGCCUGGUUGACGCUCGCCACAAGAUUGGCGCCGUUCUGCCCGCUUCUGCCUGGAUCAUCCUCUCCGCUGAUACAACGUUUCUUCUUGUUUGCAAAAGUUUCUAUUUUUAAGAAAAAGAUCUACAAAAAGCACUUAAUGUCCAGCGCUGCUGUGAGACUCCCUGUUACUGUAUGGACAAUAUGUCCAAAGGGGCAGAGCCUGACACAGGAAGUUAGAGCACUCGGUGUCAUGCCCCGCCCCCAGCACAACCCACUGCAUCAGUUUAGUUUGGAGAGUUACUUUAAUGAUCAUAACUUAUCUAAUACUGGAGCAUUUCCAUAAAUUCAUGUGUAGGAUUUUUAUGUAACAUUUUAUGUUUUAGAUAUUAAUUUAACGUGUUUGAGUGAAAUCCCCUAAAAUAUUUUAUGUAUUAAUGUCUAUAUCUCUCUAGUCUUACACACUAUGCAGGUAUUGCUAUAACGGUCACCUCCACCUCUGAACGCGCUGAUCUGCCAUCUGUACAGCAAGUUCAGGAUGUGUGCAGAUCAUCCGACUUCAUUACAUUCCUUUACAUCCAGAGCUGCAUUCACAGUUCUUCUGGCUUCUUCAAGGCUCAGACCUCCCCUUCCCUGUAAGCAUCUUCUGGUUCAGCAUCUAUAUGGCGUGUGCUUCACUGUGGUGCAUGAAGGACCUAUGACAUGGUGCAGCUCUGUGUGUGACUGGAGUAAGAGGUCAGGCUGGAGAAGGGGAAGCUACACGUUAUAAUACCCCUUUGGUCUGCAGGUGCUUUUGCGCCAUGAAAACACUUCCAGAUUGCAGUAUCCGAAACGCUAAACGGUUAUAACUUAAAUUCACUGUUUAUGCUCUUAAGGGCUCAUGCACUGGCCGGGCCUGUGCUGUGGGCUGCAAUGCAUGGGCAGCCGCAUGCGGAUCGCGGACUCAUUUACUUAAAUGAGGUGCGUGAUUAGCAUUUGGCGGUCCGAAUCGCAAAAAAGUAGUGCAUGCACUCCAUAGUGCUUCCGUAGGGGUUCCGAUCUGUGCUUCUGCACCGCAUCUCUGGGUUUGCAGACCCAUUCAAGUGAAUGGGUCCACAUCCGUGAUGCGGGGUGCACACAGCCGGUGCCCCUUGUAUUGCGCGGGGGGAGGGUCAACAAAUGUAUGCAUGAGUUCUCAUGACCGUUGUCCCCCCACUUGAAUGAGUCCGGAGAUGCGGUGCAGAACGAAACCCCCACAGAGUACUUC